AUGUCGAGCGAUGGCGAAUCAACUGUUGCUGUCAAGCUGUUCAUUGACAAGGAGAAGAAAAUGGUGCUGUUUGCAGAAUCUGACCAGGACUUCGUCGAUGUCCUCUUCAGUUUCCUCACUCUGCCCCUCGGCACCAUCGUUCGUCGCCUCGGUAAGCAGUCUCAGGUCGGGUGCCUCGACGAGCUGUACAAGAGCGUGGAGAAUCUCGGGGACGAUCACUUCCAAACGAAGCCUUGCAAGACCAUGCUUCUUAGCCCCCGCAAUGCUGCAGCAGGUCACUUACGUCGGCUUAAAGUCCAAGUUGACGACAUAGAUCAAUCACAGUUUUAUGCUUGCAGCCGUCAUAUGGGGUACUUCAGCUCAGUCCCUGACGUUAGUUGCCCGUUUUGUUUUGCCAUGGAUAAAACAAUUCGGGAUUAUAACAAUCCCAUAGAGAUUUUCGCCAAGAUGCGCACAAAGUUCAUCAUCACUGAUGAUCUCCAAGUUGCUCCUUCUUCCACUGGUCUCAUGUUUUCCCUGAUGGACAAACUUGAGCUCCAGGAACAAGAGAAUAUCGAGGAAGUGGUGCUACAACUCGACUCCAAUAAGACGAUUAGCUUGAUUGCAAGAGCAUUGCUGUCGAAGCAACCUUUAACUGGCCUCUAUUUUGAUGUUGCUAUCACGCCCGAUGCCGGCACAAAUGUUUUUCAGCUUCCAGAGAAUUUGCUGGUAGAACAAGCAGAUGAGGCUGAGCCCAUGUUCAAGGCAAUAAAGAUGAGGCUUAUUCAGACAAAUGAUGAUACGUUGGUGCUGUAUGCUGAAGUUGGGCAUGACUUUGUCGAACUUCUCUUUGGCCUUCUUUGCAUUCCACUUGGAUCCAUAAUCAAAGCUUAUGGUGAAUGGUCACCAAAUGGAUGCAUUGACAAUCUUUACAAGAGUGUGAAUGAGGAAGGAUGUGCAAAGCAAGAAUGCCGAAGCUUGCUUCUAUCACCAAAGCUGCCCCCUUUCUUUGGCUGCAACAGCAAUGUACUCCAAGUGGAAGAACUACCACCUAGAAGAGUCGCUGGCUAUAAUCACGAGAUGAAUCCAAAAAACCCAUUUAAAGGAAGUACUUGUAGGGCAUAUAUCAAGGAAGGUUCCACAAACUUUAUGGUGACCGAUGAUCUUCGUGUCACCAAUUUCUCCUUGGCCAAUAGUCUCAAAGCCAUCCGCGCAGCCAAGAUUCCAAAGGAGAAGCUUGUGGAGAAAGAGUGCACUCUUGACAAAACACAGGUUUUGAAGCUACUGAGAGCUGCAAUGCUGACUCAUGGCGCACUCAGCAGUGUGCUCUUGCCUAAGUAGCAGCAUCAGUUGAACCGUUGCAGGAUUUCUGGAGUACUCUGAUCUGGAGCCAGAAGUAGCAUAUAUUGCCAUAUUAUUACUCUUGAUGUUCGGCCCAUGACGAUGCAUAUUGCAAUCGUGUCCUAUAUCUGAUGUGCCCUAUUAGUACCAUGCUUUGGAAUUCGGAUGUUUUGAACAAUUUACCUGCAGUAUACGCAGGAUCUCCUCUAA